AUGUAUGAGACAAAGAGGACGUUGAAUGCAUUGGGAUUGAAAUAUGAGAAGAUACAUGCAUGCUCUAAUGAUUGCAUUUUGUAUACGAAGAAGUAUCAUGAUUUGACAAGCUAUCCUAAAUGUGGCCUUUCAAGAUGGAAGGUGACAAAGAAGAACGUAGUGAAGAAAGGGGUCCCGACAAAGGUUUUACGGUACUUUCCUCCUAUCCCCAAGUUUAAACGUAUGUUUAAGUCCUUGGAAACAUCUAAAAGUUUAACUUGGCAUAAUGAAGCUCGAAUAAAGGAUGGUCGAUUGCAUCAUCCAGCUGAUUCUCCGUCGUGGAAGAUGAUUGAAUAUAAGUGGCUAGAUUUUGGGAGUGAGCCAAGAACCUUAGAGUUGUGCAUGAAGAGGAAGUUUAUGAUGUUAACAUUGUUAAUUUCUAGCCCUAAACAACCUGGCAAUGAUAUAGACAUCUACUUGGAACCAUUAGUUGAUGAUUUAGCAUUACUAUGGGAUGGGGUGGAGGGAGUCUAUGAUGCUUUCUGGCAAGAGUCAUUCACUUUAAGAGCUAUCCUUUUAUGGACAAUCAAUGAUUUUUCGACAUAUGGUAACUUGUCUGGGUGCACUAUGAAAGGGUAUUAUGCAUGUCCAAUAUGUGGUGACAAGACAUAUGUGGAAAGCCUGACGAAUGGGCCUGGGCUGCUGUAA